GACACCCUCACUUUCCAGCCCCAUGAAGGAUACAGUGAAUCUGUAAUGUAAAUGUCAUCAUGUGUAUAUCAAACGUCUACUCCUGUAGAUUAGUAGAGAAGACAGCAGGAAUAUUUUGGUCUGAGAUGACGGGAUUGGGUCAACACCAACCAGACAGGGCUGCUGCUGAGUCGGCCAGCUCAUGGAGCUCCAGACACCCCAGAACAAAUUGCUGCUUGGCAUCAGGGACUAGGUCUACAAUCCACAUUAAACGCACUCAUCGCUUCAGGAACUGUCUUUUGUUUCGCCUCAAGGACCGGGUCAGGAUGGACCAGAGGCUGCCAGCCGUCAAACCCCAGUCGGACCAGGGGACAGACGACAGAUUGAGGGAGCCAGCCCAGACCCAGGUGACAGGGGACAGAUUGAGGGAGCCAGCCCAGACCCAGGGAAUAGGGGACAGACUGAGGGAGAUGGCACUGAAGUGGUUCAGAGAGACUCAAGCUCCUCUGAUCCUCCAUGAAGGAAAUUUUCCUUCCUGGUUCCUCGGCUUCAUAUCGAGAAGAGAUGCUGAAGAGACUCUGAAAGACAAGGAAUUAGGCUGUUUCCUGAUCCGGCUCAGUGACAAAGCAAUUGGAUACAUCCUCUCAUACAGAGGCCGUGAUAGAUGCAGACAUUUUGUAAUCAAUCAGGCUGAGUCAGGCCAAUUCAUAGUGUCUGGAGACACAGAGGAGCAUGUCACGCUGACCGACCUGAUUGAGCACUACAGGACCAGCCCCAUCCAACCCUUUGGAGAAUACCUGACCUGCUCCUGCCUGGAGUCUUCCAUCGACAACAUCUAUGACAUUGUCAAGGUCAACCCUAAAGAGAAACCUGUGGUCAGUGUCAGAGCCGUAAGGAGCAAGUGGGACCAGCUCAGUGAUCAGAACCAACAUGGUCUUAGGAUUAGGGCCACCACCAGCAACCAGGACCUGCAGGGUGAUAGGACAAGGAUGGGCCCCAGUGACCAGAACCUGCAGGGUCAUAGGACCAGGAUGGGCCCCAGUGACCAGGACCUGCAGGGUCAUAGGACCAGGAUGGGCCCCAGUGACCAGGACCUGCAGGGUCAUAGGACCAGAAUGAGGCCCCUUGGUCAGGACUGGGAGAAACCUCCACCUGACCUACCUCCCAAGAACAGCACAAAGCCAAAGGAAGCGCCAAACGCGCGUAGAAGAGCCAGCCCUCUAAAGAGCAGUUCCCUUGACGACCAGCAGGGCAGCACCCAGGGCAGGGUGUUGUAUGCUCAGCUGGAGAGGCACCAAAGUCAGGAUCACCAGGGAUUUCCCAGAGCCCCAGAAAGAAAGGACUUGGACCAACCUCAGACCCCUCAUUGGGAAAACACAUCAAGAGAUAAACCUAGAGCACCAGAACCAGGGACAGUCUACUCUGAACUGCUUGACUGCAGGAGCAAAUCUCUGCCUCUGCUGGACCUGAAUGAUAGCUCCCCAAAUUGCCCAAAACAGACCACUGACUGGGCCACUAGCGCUACACUGCGAGACCAGAAGUGCCCAUCCGGAACCUCCCUGCUGGACCAGAAAUACAACAAGGUUGUGUCCAGGAGACCUUCGACCUCCAGCCACAGUUUGGGCUAUCUACGUGACAGCCCCCACCCCAGCUCUGCCUCAUUAUAUCACCUGGCAGGUAGACCCACAGACUGGGGAGGACCCAUGACAUCAUUCAUGACAUCACCACUACAGGAAGCUGACAGUCUGUAUGCUGAGGUCCCACAUGAGCAUGUCCUCCAUAUUCCUCUGGAUAACACUUAUGAACAGAUACCAGAGCAGGGGAUGAAAGGAUCAGCCAGACCUCAUGAACAGAUACCAGAGCAGGGGAUGAAAGGAUCAGCCAGACCUCAUGAACAGAUACCAGAGCAGGGGAUGAAAGGAUCAGCCAGACCUCAUGAACAGAUACCAGAGCAGGGGAUGAAAGGAUCAGCCAGACCUCAUGAACUGAAACCAGAGCUGGGGAUGAAACGAUCAGCCAGACCUCAUGAACAGAUACCAGAGCUGGGGAUUAAAGGAUCAGCUAGACCAUCCUUUAACAACCACACCUAUGAGUCUAUGGAAGAACUCAAAUCCAAACUCUCUGCCUCUUCCUGGGGGUUAAAGACUGACAAAUGGAGAUGGCUAUUUCCAGAGAGACAGAAGAAAUAACAGAAGCAAACCAACACAAUACACUACUCACACAAUUUUUGAGUUGUCUGUUUUUGCAGGAUGGCAUUCUACCAGAACUUUGAACAUGUAUGUCUGCUGUAUGUCUGUAUAUCUGCUGUCUUUGGAUGAUGUAUGUCUGCUGUCUUUGGACAUUUAUGUCUGCUGUCUUUGGAUCAUGUAUGUCUGCUGUCUUUGAAGUGUCUAUGUCUGCAGUCUUUGGAUAUGUAUGUCUGCUGUCUUUGGACAUAUAUGUCUGCUUUCUUUGGACAUUUAUGUCUGCUGUCUUUGGACAUUUUUGUCUGCUGCCUUGGAUCAUGUAUGUCUGCUGUCUUUGGACAUGUAUGUCUGCGGUCUUUGGAUCAUAUAUGUCUGCUGUCUUUUGGAUCAUGUAUGUCUGCUGUCUUAGGUCAUAUAUUGUUGCUGUCUUUGGACAAGUAUGUUUGCUGUCUUCUCAACACACAACAACAUGUCACUGCAGUUUCUUUUAGUGCUGGACAC